UUUCCGCCAAAACACACACCCCCGCGCCCCUCUCCGUCUCUCUCUCCCACUCUCGGACGGACGGAUGGAAGUGGCAACGGAGAACGACGAUGGGCGCGGCAAAGAAAUGGCGGGAUUCUUGAUAAAGCAUAACUUGGGGCAACUCCGAAGCAUAAUACUUUCCUCUGAUUCUCGGCUUCACUAUCCUCUCCAUGUUGAUUUUGCUGAGUUGAUGGAUGAUAAUCCAUCAUUGUCCCACCUCAUUUUCUCACAGCCCACGGAGUAUUUACCCCUUUUCGAUGAAUCUGCUGUCUGGGCUCAGAAAGUCAUAUUUGAGGAUUUCAAGAAAAUGGAAAAUGCUAGUGUGAAAGCCUAUGUACAUGUCCGGAUUAAUGUCUGCGGUUCUCCUCUUGAAUGCCCGGAAACUUUUCCGAGUAUUGGAAGGGUGAGAGUGAAGCACCGUGGGAUCCUUCUCACUCUGAAGGGCACAGUAAUUAGGUCUGGAGCAGUCAAGAUGAUUGAAGGCCAGAAGAUUUAUGAGUGUCGAGUGUGUAAACACAGAUUCAAAGUAUAUCCAGAGGUGGAAACCAGAAACUCCAUCUCCAGACCGACAUUCUGUCCUUCCCAGAGUUGUGAAAGCACACGGUUCCAGAUUGUAGAAGACAAAAAGAUAUGUCAUGAUUAUCAGGAAAUUAAAAUUCAAGAAAGCACACAGCUUUUAGGUGUUGGAGCUAUCCCUCGUUCAAUUCCUGUCAUUCUGAAGGAUGAUCUUGUCGACAUAGUUAAAGCUGGAGAUGAUGUAAUUGUUACUGGAGUUCUGACAGCUAAAUGGUCUUCAGACAUGAAGGAUGUACGCUGUGACCUUGAUCCUGUAUUAGUUGCUAAUUAUGUGAGGAGAAUGAACGAGUUAAAGUCAGAUAUCGAUAUCCCUGAGGACAUCAUUAUGAAAUUUAAACAGUUCUGGUCAGAUUUCAAAGAUACUCCAUUGAAAGGUAGAAAUGCCAUUCUUAGAGGUAUCUGCCCGCAGGUUUUUGGACUCUUUACUGUCAAACUGGCAGUUGCGCUAACUCUUAUUGGAGGUGUUCAACAUGUUGAUGCUUCUGGAACAAAGGUCCGAGGAGAGUCUCAUUUGCUUUUGGUCGGUGAUCCUGGAACUGGAAAGUCUCAGUUCCUGAAGUUUGCUGCUAAAUUAAGCAAUAGAUCAGUAAUUACCACUGGGUUAGGGAGCACUAGUGCUGGACUUACCGUCACUGCAGUCAAGGAUGGAGGGGAGUGGAUGCUGGAAGCUGGAGCCCUGGUACUGGCAGAUGGUGGUCUUUGUUGUAUUGAUGAGUUUGAUAGCAUGAGGGAACAUGAUAGAGCUACAAUUCAUGAAGCUAUGGAGCAACAAACAAUUAGUGUAGCCAAGGCUGGUCUUGUAACAACUCUCAGCACAAGAACAAUUGUUUUUGGUGCAACAAAUCCAAAGGGACAGUAUGACCCAGAUCAACCUCUGUCUGUCAACACCACACUUUCUGGACCCUUACUAAGCAGAUUUGAUAUAGUACUCGUCCUCUUAGAUACAAAAAAUCCACAGUGGGAUGCAGUUGUUUCAACUCACAUUCUCUCUGAGGCAGAAGAGCGCAAAGGUAAUCAUGAUGAUAAUUUAAAUGACAUUUGGUCUCUUACCAUGCUUAGAAGGUAUAUUCAUUUUGUGAAAGGAUACUUCAAACCAGUCCUUACAAAGGAGGCUGAAAAGGUUAUAUCAAGCUAUUAUCAACUCCAAAGAAGAUCAGCCACUCAAAAUGCAGCAAGGACAACGGUUCGCAUGCUGGAAAGUCUGAUACGCCUUGCUCAAGCACACGCAAGGCUGAUGUUCAGAAAUGAGGUCACUCGGUUGGAUGCUAUCACUGCCAUAUUAUGUAUUGAAUCAUCCAUGACUACAUCAGCGAUUGUGGACAGUGUGGGGAAUGCAUUGCACUCCAAUUUCACAGACAACCCUGAUCAAGAAUAUGCCAAGCAAGAAAAGUUGAUCCUUGAGAAGCUGAGCUGCAUCGACGAUUUUCUGGUGAUAAAUAUCACUGAAGGGUGAAGGAAACACAAGCUCAUUGACGUAGUGCUUCCUAGAAUCUGCUGCUGACCGUUGCUCUCACCAACUUGCCAUGCAGGGGUCUUCUCCUGUAUGUUUGCAUGGGAAAGCUAAUAACUUCUCCAUCUGCAACCCCACUCUGAGCAUCUGGCUCACAAAUAGAUUGGUUCUACGAUGUUGAUUAGUUAUUCUCGAGAAAUUUGAAAAAUAUUGAUUAUGCUCUCACACUGAUGUGUUGCCAAUAUUUAUUUGUUCGAUAAUAUGAUUCUCAAAGUACCCAGACUGCAUCCAAGAAAAUGUCUUGUACGUUCUCCCCCCUACGGGUACGUUCAAGGAAAGGAAGAGAUGAGAACUUGAGCUGAUGCAAAAUCUGUGGAUCCAUGCUCACAACUUUGUAUUUUCCAAUUUUCCAUUUA